AUGCGGGACCGCAUCUGCGGUAGAGAGGGCACAGAAGCUGAAUGGGCUGGGGAGCCCCGGGACGUAGAAGCAGCAUUUGGUCUCGCACCUGCAGAACCGCAGAAGCAGUCAAUUACUUCUAAAUUGAAGCUCUAUGGAGAUACUAUCACUGAUUAUGACAUGCUUGAAAAAAUGUUUACAACGUUUCAUGCCUCCAAUAUGGUCGUGCAACAGCAGUACAGAGAGAAAGGUUUCAAGAAUCGUAGCCAUGGCUGUGGCCGUAGACAACGAAGAAAUUUUCCUGGUGUUAAUAAUCUCCCAAAGAUAAAUAACCACCAAAAGUGGAAAGGGAAAGAUGAGAAGCCAAAAGCAAAUGGUUCAGAAACUGAAUGUUAUGGUUGCGGUGGAAAAGGACAUUGGCCAAAUAUUUGUCGUAUACCAAGACAUUUGGUUGAGCUUUAUCAAGCAUCUCUAAAGAAUAAAGGCCCUGAAGCUAACUUUGUCUAUGACAAUGAAUUUGACAUCACCCACUUAGAUGUGGCAGACUUCUUUAAGCGCCCUGAUGGAAAAAUAGACCACUUGAUCGGUGAUGGGUCUGUGGUUAAAGAAGAUUGA